UCAAGUUAAACAAAGUUGGCAUCCACACUUCCUUGCCUUGAAUUUCAAAAGAAGAUGGAGCGUGAAGCGCGUACGCUAGCCACGCAUUAUUUCUACAUAGUAACUCAGUGCGAACAAAAUUGUAACAGUUUAAUAGAUGAUAAACGCAGAGUGAGUGUGUUUUGGAACAUUGUAUGACAUCGUAACGUUAGAAUUCAAAACGAAUUCGACGCUAUUAUUUUGGAGGGUACGCUCAUAACAUCCGGGCAUGUACCAGCCGUCUCUUUCUUACUUUGGCCAGUAAAUAAUUUGGCGGAGUCAAGCAUGCGGCGGUGGCGUCUAAAGCUCAACAUUUUGAUUAGUGGCGAUUAAUCAAUGCACCUUAUUGAUCACACUCUACUCGGCACGGAGAAUCGAACGCGCACGAAGCCCCCCGCACACGCAGCGGUUUGUUCCGUUUAGCUCGCUAGCUUGCUAACAUUAGCAGACAACAGCCGCCCUGUGGCUGCCAACAAACCUGAACGCGAUGUCAUUGGUGGACUUGGGCAAGCGUCUGCUGGAGGCGGCGCGUAAAGGUCUGGACGACGAGGUGAGGAACCUGAUGGCCAACGGCGCUCCGUUCACCACGGACUGGCUGGGGACGUCCCCCCUUCAUCUGGCCGCCCAGCACGGCCACUACUCCACCGCGGACGUCCUGCUGCGAGCGGGCGUCAGUCGCGACGCGCGCACCAAAGUGGACCGGACACCUCUGCACAUGGCCGCCGCCGAGGGCCACACCAUCAUCGUGGAGCUGCUAGUCAGGAGCGGCGCCGACAUCAACGCCAAAGACAUGCUGAAGAUGACGGCGCUGCACUGGGCGGCGCAGCACGGCCACCACGGCGUGGUGGAGACGCUCAUCAAGCACGGCGCCGACGUGCACGCGCUCAGCAAGUUCGACAAGACGCCCUUCGACAUCGCCGUCGACAUCCAGAACACGGAACUCAUGCUGUUGCUGCAGGAGGGCAUGCAGAACCAAGUGAAUAUGAACCAGGUGAGCAUGGAGUCCAGCAACACCAGCAACCAGCCGCAGUUCAUCAUCCAGGGCAUUCCGUCCAUUCAGGGAGGGGUUGUCAACCUGGCGGACCUGCUCAACAAGGCCAGCAUGGGAGAAUCUGAGGAAGCGAUGGCUGCCAACGCUCUGGACAGCAACAUCCAGCACACCGCCGUGGUCAAUGAGGGAGGUCAGAGGGUCAUCACCAUUGUAACGGACCAACAUGGCAACCUGCAGACCACCGGGGGGAUGUCGCAGCCCUUUUUCGUCACCAUGCAGCAUGGGCAGCAAAUGCUGGCGGUGCCCGCCAACACGGUGACGGAGGAGGUGGUGGCGGAGGAGUCGCAGGCGCCGCCCUCCAGGAAGAGGAAGUUGGAGGUGGCCAAUAAUCACAACGACACAGGAGAGACGGAGCUGCUGCAGAGGCAGCUGCAGGAGGCCAAAAGGAAGGCCCAGGAGUACCGGCAGCAGCUGAUGCGCAAGGAGCAGGAGGCCGAGGAGUACCGCAUCAAACUGGAGGCCAUGGCCCAGAGCCAGGCGGGCGCCGGCGCCAACGUAAGCCCAGAGGAGGUGGUGGGCGGCGACGAGGAUGAGGUCGCGGCGGUGAGCGUGGUGGAGGACGAGGGCGAGAUGGUUGUGCUGCAGGAGGGGGGCAUCAUCAUGGAGGGCGACGGGGGCCGCGUCACGCUGUUGGAGACUGGGGUAGAACCCGCGGGUGCCAGCUCAUAACGCAACCGAAAGGGACCACGGGGAAGAUGUCUUAACACGGGACUGACGUGGCGCCGUCUUUCCAGCGGUUUUUGUUCAAAAUCGUGUCAAGUAACCACACGGGAUCAUUGAUGGCGCUAAGUUUCCUCCUUGACCGCAUCCGGCCACUUAGACUUCCCUGCCUUCCCUGUGUUGUUCUUCACUUCCUUGUUGUCAACUUUUUUUUUUUUUUAUCACAUACUUCCUUCUUGGAAGGUUUUGGGGAUAAAAGUACCACACUCAACUCUCUGCCAAACCGUGACCGUGGAAAGGAUUUCCCACCUGAUUGACAUUAUUUAGUAGUUAGUUUAUCAAUAAGUGAAUAUCACAACAAUUCAUCCAAAUCUGUUACAUUCAAGCCUUAGUCCUCUUUAUUCAGAAAACUCACGUCAUAUCAACAUCUGGUUAUUAUCGACUCCGAUUAAACAGUGUUAGAAAUUGGUAACUGUAAAAACGGGAAUGAAAACAGAAAGCGACACAUUUGUACUUUUUCAUGACAUUGUUGCUUAUUGGGAAUUCAUUUGCAGUGAGAAUAUCAUUGGGAUACAAGUACCACAGUUCUCUUUGCCAAACUGUGACUGUGGAGGACAUGUCCCACCUGAAGUAAAUUGUUCAAUCCUGUGCAUCACGUCUUGAGGAUUUUAUUUUUUUCAGGUUAUUGUGCAAACAUUGGCAACCAACGUGAACAUUGUUGCAGUCAUUGAAUGCGGUUGUUCUCUAUUGUUGACAGUGAACGGAUGUAUUGCUGACGAGUGAACUGCUGUUGAGGAGAACAUUUUUCUGUUGUUGUUCCCAAUUGCAUUUUCCAGUUUUCAAACUUGAUUAUUGGAUCCCUGGAGAUGAAAUAUUUUCUUCUUGUGUGAAAUGUGCAGCAGAAUUUCAUAUUUUGUCCUUCCCGGCCCAUCUUCAUCUGUUCUGUGAGUUGCGUGUGUGUGUGUUUUUUUUUUUUUUUUCCUCCUUGACUCAACAGCCUUUUUCAAUGUACAUAUAAAGUUGUAUUUUUUUAACUGUACUUGACUGCUUCACCAUGUUGAUGAUAGCAAUGCUAAUCUGAUGAAUAUAAACACUUGUUUACUUCA